AUGUUUGGCCGCUCUUUCAUUCUCAGCCUCUCCCUCGCAGCUCUUUCUAUUGAGGGUGCAUAUGGGGCAUCAUUUGUUCCUCAAAGCCCAGUAGCUAAAAGUAGGGUUUCGCUUUCUGCUCAUUCGAAGAGAGCUGUCAAUGAGGCUGCCAAUAAUGAAUUCACGCCAUUGUCGGUAAAUUAUCCAAUUACGGAGGAUGGUCGUUGUGGUGUCAAUUUCGGCACUAGGUGCCAGAACGAUGAAUGCUGUUCCAGCGAGGGAUGGUGCGGAAUCGGGCGACCUGAAGGGCCUGACACCGAAGACUGGCCCCGAGAUCAUGUUGGUUCCGUGCCAUAUGGAGAAGGGAUUUACCAUUGCUCCAAGCCAGGCACUGUGGCUUUGACUUUUGACGAUGGCCCGUGGUAUCAUACCGAGGAGCUGUUGAACAUUCUUGAGGAACGUGGGGUCAGAGCUACAUUCUUCAUUACAGGCCGCAAUCUUGGAAAGGGGGCAAUCAACGACCCAUCCACAGACUGGCCUCAUCUCAUCUAUCGUAUGCAGGCGGAUGGGCACCAGAUUGGUAGUCACACAUGGUCCCAUCAACGCUUGUCCACGGUCGACAGGUCACGGGUCCGCCAGCAGAUGAUUUAUAACGAAAUUGCCUUUGCGGACCUUCUUGGCUUCUUUCCGACAUAUAUGCGGCCCCCCUACUCUGCUAGUGAUGAAGACGUCGAUGAGUGGCUCGGCGAGUUAGGAUAUCACGUCACGUAUUUCAAUCUCGACACGGAAGGUUAUUUGCACGAGGAUGAAAUUGAGAUCUCUCAAGAUAUCGCUGAAAAAGCAUUUGAUGGAAAGGACCCAGAGACUGAUUCUUACCUCCAAAUCGAGCACGACACAGUAGCUGAAUCAGUGCAUACUCUCGUCCCGUACCUUAUCGAUCUCAUCCACGACGCCGGCUUCGAGACCGUAACUGUCGGUGAGUGUCUCGAAGAUCCAGAAGAGAACUGGUACCGAGGCCCAGACGGAGGAGUUGAGAAGCGUGUGUUGGAGAGGGACCAAGAUUCAAUUUCGGCUGAAAACCCUCGUAUCAAGAGCAAGAGCCCUCGUUCCAUUUUGGACAAGUUCCGGUUCAGAGUCCCCAAGCCUCCCUACGCGGGAACCAACAUCUCUUUCCCUACUAACGGAUCUCACUCUUCCCUUAACGGGUCCCUCCCCCUGAUUCGUCCGGUACCUACCACUGACGGCCGUUGCGGUCCUGCCCAUGGCAACACUACGUACGCCGAAAAAGUUGAAGCUACUUGUCAGUUCUGUAGUCUUCUGCUCCGAGAGGCACGACGUCUGACAUGCAGUGGUCGUGUUAUUCGCCAGGUCGACGGCCAACCUUUGGUCUUCAACUUCGAUCGCGAAUGCCAGAGGGGCGUGGCAGAACAUGGCAUCACCGAAUUCACAACAACUAUCAUCCUAAAAGUCAAUCUGCAACCAGUGCCGACUCCAGAAGAUAUCGAGAUCAAGUUCAACAUUUGCCCUAUUUUCACGGAUAGAGGCGAUGAUCACCUUCAGUGUGCCCAGUUUGUCUCCACAGACAGCAUAGACUUGGGUUUGUGCAGCAAGUGGCUCCGAGAUUGCGAGACGCGGCAUAUACCGUAUUGUCGGGACCUUGUUCAGGAAAUAGACAAGUUACCCUUGCCUCAGGAGUUCCGUCUCAUUGAUACCAUCGAUAACUGCAUCAUUCUAGCGCCCCAAGCUUGUCGUUAUAUCGCACUUAGCUAUGUCUGGGGCCGGGCUGCAACAUUUCAACUCAGUGAAGAUAACGCAGAGAAGUUUAAACGCCCUGGAAGCCUAACACAGCAUAUGGCCGACUUACCCAAGACGGUUCAAGACGCAAUACACGUGGUCAGAUCUAUGGGUGAAAGAUAUCUAUGGGUGGAUCUUCUCUGUAUUAUUCAGGACUCACCUUCAAAAGAGGAACAAAUUGCCAAGAUGGACAGUAUCUACGGAGCUGCUAUCCUGACAAUAGUUGCUGCGUAUGGAUCAGAUGCCAAUGCAGGACUGAGAGGAGUUCGCGCAGGCUCGCGAAUCUUUAACCAGUCGGCAGCCACUAUCUGGCACGAUCUCACUCUUGUGGUUGCUGCUCCAUCGCCGGGUGAUAUUACAGAGUCAAUAUGGGCAACUCGAGGGUGGACGUACCAAGAACAACUGCUAUCGCAGCGAUUCCUAGUUUUCACAACAGAAGGUCAGGCGGUGUGGCAGUGUGCCUCUAGCCAUCUAUUAGAGGAUACUUCAUCCAUCAUCAAAGUCCGGCCAGUGAGGCGUCUAAGACAGCUGCGCGACGGGUUGAGGUUCAACAAACGCCAGCCAGAGCGGAACCCGUCGCUGUCGCCUCUGCCCCUGCAUCGGCCAUAUGCAAUUACUGAGUACGUGGAGGUGGUUCAGGGCUACACCCAGAGGCGUUUUACCUUUGAAGAUGACGUUUUGGCCGCAUUUCAAGGGUUUGGGAGUAUCCUUCAACGCCGACUGAACUCUAGGUUUCUUGCGGGCCUUCCAGAAGCAUACCUGGAUCAGGCAUUGUUGUGGAUUCCGUCAAUUCGGCAAAAGCGGAGAGAAGGUAACGAGAAGCAUUUGCCCAGUUGGUCCUGGGUGGGAUGGAAGGGGCAAGCGCAUUAUGAAGAACUGGACUCCUCGAAUACUGAGAGAGUAGUGCCUGCUGUAAAAUGGUACUACACGGAGAACGGCCAGAUCGCCAAGCCUAUCAAUCAGAUCGGAAUCGGGAUAGAUGAGUCACGGUUUGGAAAAGAGAAGAGCUCAAAUACGUUCUGUUGGGUGCCUAUUUUCGAGCUGCUGGCUGAUUCACUGAACGUUCUGCCAACAAGCAAUCUCGGUUCACAGCAGCGUCCAUUGCUACGAUUUUGGACCUCUUGCUCCCUGUUCCACAUAGCUCCUCGGGGAAGAGAUCGUCUCAUUGCGGGCCAGAGAGAGUCGUCAAUGGACCGUCCCAUCAAAGUGCACCUAUUUCUGGGGCAAUCAGAGAGACAACUCAGUGGAUACCUCAUCUUGAACGGGGAAAGGUUGCCAGAGCUUGAUCCGUCUCGACACGAAUUUAUCGUCUUGUCUGAAGCCCAGUUUUCCGGAUUCAAUCCUAUCAUUUCAGCAUGUACACCGUCAGCACAGAGUCUGAUGUACAAUGUGAUGCUGAUUGAAUGGGAUGACCAACGGGAGAUGGCAUGUCGAUUGGGAGUUGGGAGAGUACUGAAGCGAGCCUGGGACGCGUCAAACCCUGUCAUCAAAUUCAUCACGUUGGGUUAA